GGAAAAAAAGAGAAAAAUACAGGCAAGUGAGAAAAAAUGGUUGCCAAUACUGACGGAGUUGUUCUGAGUUUUGACUUGAGACUUGAGAGAGAGAGAGAGAGGCGAAAUCGGAAGAUGGGAAGGUCGGCGGCGUGGCUGGUUCUGACGAUUUUCGCCGUUAUCUCCGUUGCUUACUGCAUCGAUGACAAAUGCGCAGCCUGCAAUGCCGUCGCGGAGGAGCUAGAGUAUGGCCUUUCCAAUGAAAAACCAAGGAAUCAUUUAGAUAUGAGACACCGACUUGACUCUAAAGGACAACGUAAAGGAAAGGUAAUUGAUUACAGAGUCAGUGAGCUCAGAGUAGUUGAACUUCUUGAUGGGCUUUGCGACAAGAUGCAAGAUUACACUCUUGAGCAGAUAGAUUCAACCACGCAAGAGUGGGUCAGAGUGGAUGAUUGGAAUAACCUCACAACAAAUAAACAAGAAGCUCGAGCAUAUUCAAAAGCUAUAUCAUCUUAUUGUGGAAGGUUAAUUGAGGAAACAGAAGAUGAUUUGGCGGAAUUGAUAAAGAAAGGAUCUGUUAAAGUAGGAGAUGUGAGCAAGGUUCUUUGUGAAGAUUUAAGCAAGCACUGCAGUCAGACGAGUGGUUCCCAGCAGGUGGAUGACAAUGAUCAUGAAUUAGAUGGAGAGCUCUGAUUCACUCACAAAAUAAAAGUUCCGGCAGUCUAAAACUUUAGAUAGGUAUCAUUAAUCAAAUUAUUAAGUUAUGCUUGUAACCCCCCCAAAUUUUGCUUCCAAUUGUUCUGCUGGCAGGAUGAACCAAUGUGUUUUACUUCAUACAAGUUGAACUUACCUUAUUAUC